AUGAUGGACAGCCUCUGGGAGGACCUCAACGACGACGAGGCGCCGGGCAGCGAGAGGAACGAUCUGCUCAUCGCCUCCCUCGACGUGUCGCGGCGGCGGUCCAUCGGAGGCCCAGGCCACCCCGUCGACGGGAGGAGGCCGACGACCACGGCGAAGGAGCGCGAGGCCGCAGCGGUGCUCGCGGCGUCGAGGAGCUCCCGAGGGCGCUCCCCGGGGCUGGUGGUGAUGAUGCGCGCGCUCAAGAAGAUGUUCGUCGCGCACAAGAGCAGAAGCAAAGUGCACAAGGUCGACGAGCAGAGCACCGCCUCUGCUUCUUCCGGCAACUCCUUCAAGAAAUGA